GGUAAGUAUCAACGUCGUCGCCAAUUCAUUCAAUUGCGCACGGAGCAUUGGUUGUCGUCAUUUUUAACCUUUUGUCAUUGGAACUCGGACUCGGAGAGUAUUUUCAUCAAACUAUGAUCGAACAGACAUAAAGUAAUGUGUAUGGUGAUCAUACUGACGAAAAUGACAAUCUAAUACACCAAAUCAGCAACGGGCUUUCAUUGUGUCGGGCUUUCACUCGUGUUGUGAGAACUACAACGUGCACGUCUCACGUCUGACUGCAAAAAAGCGGCAAACACAAAAGAAAAAUGGGAUUUGAAGUAGGACGUUUCCGUGGUGAAGUGGAUGAGGAACUAAUCUGUCCAAUUUGCAGUGCUGUUUUGGAAGAUCCUGUACAGGCCCCAGAAUGUGAGCAUGCCUUUUGCUCAGUAUGUAUCCAUGAAUGGUUGAACAGACAACGUACGUGCCCAGUGGAUCGCAAUCCCAUCACUUCUCAGCAACUCAAGUCAGUUCCACGCAUAUUACGGAACUUACUUUCUCGUUUGUAUAUUGCAUGUGACAAUGCUAGCUUUGGUUGUACAGUAGUUGUCAAGCUUGACUCUCUUCAGCAACAUCUGGAAGAGUGUGAUCACAACCCCAAGCGUCCAGUUCAAUGUGAACAGGGCUGUGGUAUGGUCAUUCCAAAAGAUGAGCUCAAAACGCAUAAUUGUGUACGUGAACUAAGGGCUGUUGUUGAGGAACAAGCAUCAAAAAUAGGAGAUUAUCGGGCUGAAGUUGAAGAUGUCAAGCGUGCUCUGGCAGAACACCGCCAUGAAAUGCAGAUGCUGAAGGAUUACAUACGAGCGAUCAGAGUCUCAACACCAAAUGCUAAUCCCUCCGUCCAGGCAAUCGAAGAUGAAUUAGAAAACAAUGAGAUAGUACGAUGGGUGAAUACCAUUCCCUUAGCAAAAGUCACGCGUUGGGGAGGCAUGAUCUCUACUCCAGAUGCUGUAUUGCAAGCUGUCAUCAAACGCUCUCUCCAAGAAAUUGGCUGUCCACCACAUCUUGCCACUGAGUUGAUGGAGAAUGCUCAUGAACGCAAUUGGCCGCAUGGGUUAUCAACCCUGGAGACACGACAGAUGAAUAGACACCUAUACGAGCGAUAUGUUACUAGGCGUGUACCUGGCAAACAAGCAGUACUGGUUAUGGCAUGUGAUAAUGUACACAUGGGGGAAGAAAUGUCUCUGGAACCAGGAUUAGUCAUGAUAUUUGCUCAUGGAAUAGAGUAAUUAAAAAAACCCACAUGAUUCCAUUCAUGCAAGACAAACAUUUCAGGGUUUGGGCCCUUUUAUUACGUUGUAUAUUUAAAGCGUCAAAUGUAAAACCUAUAGGCCUAUUUAUAACUGAGACUGACUGAGAAACACUACAAAAUGCAAUUGGUACAUGUAGAGAUUAUUACAUUUAUUUUACAACAAACAAGUUUGUUCAUAUAAUUUGUUUCCCCCUGUGAAAUAGUGAACUGUAUGCAGUGCAUGUGCCGACAGUUUGGUUUGAAGUAGAUGUAUACAUGCACCGGUACCUACAUGGUUUGAAUAGGAAACAAUUACAUGUACUUGAAUCCCAGCAGUUGAUUUGACAAAACUUUACAAAUGGCAUAUCUUUAUUGUGCAACGUUUUAAUGCGUUUGUUGCACACAUUUAGGACACUCUUCUAAAAGAUAUGUUGCGCAUACAUGUACCGGUAAGUCUAUGGUGUAUGUACCUUACAGAGUCAUUUUAGGUGAUCAUGUACAUAAUACAGCGUACAUCCGUACAAAUUUAAAUGACCAAUAUUGGUACAAGAAAUUCACAGCUUUUUAUUGUGAUGAAAUGCCCAUGAAAAAAUUUGGAGGGUUGCUGUCUAAUUCAGAAGAAAUUGAUACGAACCAUUUUCUUAAUUGGUGGGCAGAGCUACAACUGUUUUGUGACCAAUGUGAAAUUGUACACCAAGAGUCAUUUGAUGUAAAAGCUGUGAUAGUGAUCAUAAAAUAUUGAAACACUUGAUAUCUGCAGUUACAACAGGUUUUUGAAAUCAAUUGUUAAUACAGUGGGCAGCUGGACAACAAAUUUGUUGCAUAAAUCAUAAACAUUCAAUAAGUAAUGCACUAACUUGUGAAAUCAGCUGUAAAUAUAAACAUGCUCGUUUGAUGCUAAAUCUUUUGUUGAUGGAUUAAAUGUCUGUAUAAUCUAUUGUAAAAUUAACAGCAGCUAUGCAAUGUGUAUAUCAGUGGAGCAAAACAUGUGUCUGCUUUGACCAGAUACUAAUAUUAUAGGCAUUUGCAUAAAUUAUUCUUUAAUAUAAACUUGAGGAGAAUAAAGUUGAUUGGCUGUCAUUGAAAUCCAAAGAAACCAUCAGAAUUAACCACUCUGUUCCUUUUAAGUUAUUUCCUGUCUUCAAGGCAGAUUGACUAUGACUGGGGAAAUUAUACCUGCAUACAUGUACUACUGUUUAAUGAUCUGGAAUGCAGUUUCCAAUGAGUUUAGCAGGUUUUGAGAUAAGAGCGAUAGAUGAGUAAUUAUUUUCCAACAUUAUCCGGUAUGCAGGCUGUACCGAGCAAGUACCAGUGGUCAGUUGUCAUCUUCUGGAACAUAUGCAAAAUGCUUCUUUUCACAGAUUUUUUUCAGCAAUUCCGUACCAAUGUAAACUGUUUGCAGAUUUAGGUCAAAAGUCACAUGGUUGUUAGCAGUGGUCAGAUUUCAGGGAAAAUGCAAAAUGCUACUACCUCAUCUUUCAAUUGAACUUUGUUGUGUUCAGCCAUGACUUGGAACAGAAUUUUCUUCUUCUUUUUUCUAGUACUGCGCAUGCCCAGUAUAGACACUGCAUGUGCCCAUUUACUAAAAAGUUGCUGUACAUGGCUGGGUUCUAUUUUAACUUACACAUUCUCACCAGAUGAAUAUAUACAGAACAUUGCUCUCAUUGAAGGGUCCUUCUUGAUCUCCAGUGAUUCCUAAGUGUGAUGUGACGAUAAUGCAUUUGAACCAGUGAGAGCAAAUUUAAUCGGAACUAUAUUGAAAGCAUGAUAAUACACAAUGUACAUGUACCAUAGUUGAAUUAGUCAUAGGAUUAGUUAUGAUAGUUUAGUUGACAAUUGUUGGUUCAACUAGAGACAUUCAUGCUUUGAUAUUAGCAUGCAGGUGUAAGUUAAAUCACAAAUCAACCACUACCGGUACAUUAUGGUUAACCAUUGGUUCUUGAUCAAACUUGCUCUACAUUGUACAUGUGCCCAUUUCUAAACUGGUUCCCACAUACCGUAUGAAGUUUAGAACAUGACAAUGGGACCAGGAAGCAGCAUAUCCUACAUCUCACUCACUGUCUCAGUUAACCAACUUAAUGCACACAACAAGCAAUGACAUGUUUUAAUGCUUUUAAACGUUUUACUUACCUUUGCAGACAAAUUGCAGUGAGUCUACAUGGUAGAUCCCCCAUUAUUCCCUCAUUAGAAAGGAUAUCCAUACUAAAACAAAAUUAAAAGCUAGCUUAGGCAAAGUUGAAAUUAAUGUUUGUUUUUUGAGUGCUUGAAGUUAUAUUCUUCAAAUAGAGUGGUUUAUUCUGUAAAAAGGUACAUUUGUUUUGGUUAAAUGUAUGUUUUCACUGUACAUAGAUUCUGAUCUUCCAAAGCUUGUAAAGUAUAUAUAAAUUCUGUUACACAUUGUACAUAAACAAGUACAUGUACAUACAGUAACUAAUAUUUAUGUAUUUACUUCAUGGCAUGUGCUUAAAUGUUAAAAUAGUAACUAUAGCAUUUGGUUGUCUACUAAUUUUCUUUAGCCAAAGCAUGUAUGUGGAGCAUGUGAGUUAGUGCUAGUGUCAUACUCAUAGUUAUUUAUGUAAUACAUGUAAUAUGAGAGUCGCGGGUAAAGAGUAUUAAUUAGUUCAGCAUGCAUAGCUAUGAACACUUCUUUAUAAGCAUUUUCAGAGUGGAGAGUUCCAAAUCUAGAGAUAAGUGUUCAUAUAUUGUGAUGAGGCCUCAUCAUGAGAAUGUUGGGCUACUAAGGGAAGGAGAUUUGUACAAUGCUGGUUCACGCUUGCUGUCCAUCAUAUUAUUAUGCUGUUAUCUACAUGUACACAUCCAGUGGGGAAGGGUAGACUGGUUUCUUUUCCCUCCAUCAUGUUUGACUUCUUUUUGACCAGUCUUGAUAGUUAGGUGUUUAUGCUGAAUAUUAAACUGGUAGCCAGGGUUGCGGCUGCACAUGUACACUAACAUAUUACAUUGUAUAUAUUGAGUAGCUUGUCUAAUGUCUAUCUACCUACCUACCUAAACAUUACCUAACAAAUUGGUAUCACUUUUAUUUUAAUUGGGGUAAGUGUACUGUGUGUUCUCAUUGGAAAACCACUGGCUAAUUGAUCCAGUUGUGAAGCACUCUUAAAUGCUGUCAGAUGUGUGCUAAUAUCUCUUACUCUCUUCUAAAUCUUUAAGAUUGUGGACCUUUAUGGCAAAAAUAUUUUUAUUGUGCACUUAGCUUUAGUUUCUUAAUUUAUUCCCAUAUAUCGGCUCAAGUUUGUAUUGUAACACUAAAAGUCUUGCAAGAACAAAAUUA